UUGAGGUAAUUUUUUUUCCUGGACAAGAACCCUUGGUACAGGUGUAAUGUACCUUGUCUUUUGCAUGUGCAACAGGUUUCUUAAGUCUCACUAACAGCAGGGUCUUUGUCCACAAGAACCUAAAAGAUCGUGCUUUCACUGAGCUUUUUAUCCUUCAAUUAAAAACUAGUCACAAAUGGUUCUAACAUUAACUCUGAUAAUGAUUUUUAGCAAUUUUUUUGUGUUGCAUGAUUAUUUACCCACAGUGCUUAAUAUUCCUGUCAGAUAAGCCUGUACCUGCAAUAGAUGAUGUGGACAGUAUGUAACUGUUACACAGCCACCCUAAAGGAAUGGCAAAGCCAGGAAAAGAGAGGAUGCUUUAAAAGUUGCCCAAAUCCUAGUGACAGUCUAAUCUGAAAAUACAAUAAAAGACUGCUGCCACUACAUUCAGACAAUUAAUGGAUGGUGAUUGGAUGUGUAGAGUAACUAUAAAGGAAGAACAGCUAAUUAAUUUCUAUAGUAUAUGGGACCCAAGCUUUCCCCUUAGCCUUUCUCUAGACUUCUAUGACUUCUUAUACAAAAUAUAUAAAUGCCACUAAUGUAAAACAUUUUUUGUUCUUAGAAAUGAAUAAUAAAUAUAGCCAGUUAUUCUGUAAUGAUCAGCUUCUUAACAACAGAUCUAGGGACAGUGAAAGGUCAGGGAGGUCUUCAGAACAUUGUAGCUUUUAAGAUAAUACCCUGAAAUUUGUUUCAUACCCUCUGUUUGCUUAUCCUUGAACUUCACUGUUUCUGUUACUUUAUAUAUGACUAUAUCUUCUUGUUCUGGGUGAACAAGCUCUAUCAUAUGAGAGAUUUUUUUUUUUUUAAAAAAAAGGUUUUAUAAACAUGUAAGGAUGGAAUAAUUACAUCUAGAGGUUUCUACCGGGCCUAUGAUUCUGUGGCUAAUGCCUUAUGAAACUCCUAAUCAUCUCUGUAAAGUACCCUUUCUGAAGCUUUUUGGUUAGGGAGAUAUCUCUUGUUACAGAUUUAGAGAAUAUUUUUCAAUUACAGCAUUGCAGAAAGAGGAGGAUUUUAGUUUCUGUAAUAACUGUUCUCUACUGACAGCUAAACAAUGAAAGGCCUCAAAAGGUUUGACACUUGAUUAGAGCUACACUGUAAAGUGCAGCAGGCAAAAAAAAAAAGGUAAUUAAGGGCCUGAUCAAGUAAAUCACUCAUCUAUGUCUUUAACCUUAAGCACAUGAGCAAUCUAAUUAAUUAAAAAAGAACAUGUUCAUGUUUGUAAUAAAUCCACAUUUUGGAUCAAUAGUCCUGACAAUUGCAAAUAUGAGCCUGUCAACUAAAAGAUGUUGCAACAAAAUAAUUGAUUAACCCACACAAAUUAAAUUCAUUAUCUUAAAGAAUGUAUAUGUUGUUAACUACAGUUACCUCCUAAUUUAUUAUUUUGGUAUUGUCAAUUGUUAGCCUUGUGAGUUUAACAAUACCUAAACCACCUUAUAAAGUUAUCUUUGGUCAAUAUACAGAUCGUAUCUUAUGAGCUGGGAUUGCUUACUUCUGUAGUGUAUGUAUAACCCCCCUGUAAAAGCAGCUUUUUUCCUAAGCACACUGCAGAAUUAAUCAUCAUUCCUUUUGUGGAAAGCUUUUGAGAAAAAAUGUAAAUUACUUGACUCAAUUUCUUAAGAAAUCUUGUCCAGGGUAAGGACAGUUAACAUUUUCUCUCUGUUUGGGUAAAGCACUGUGGAGUUCCUGGGAGAAUCCCACUGGUAAUUCUUCUCCACCUGGGAAAGGACUGUUACGCCCUACUCUUCAACCAGCUUUUAGUCCACCUAAGAACCUGUCAUUCAGCUCUGCAGGAAUUUGUGCUCUGAAUUAGUUUUGGUGUGAGACAGUUUCAAAUGCUACACUGAUUUUGUUUUAUCUGUGUACUUACUGACACCAGCGUUCACCUCUGGCAGGCUGGCAAUGCAGGAUUUCCUGCAGGCUAAGACAGGCUGAGUUUUAUGAAGAAAUAAUAUUUUGACUGAGGACCAGCUUCCUCAAAUAAUAAGUACUGUCUUACCAAGGAUCUGUGUAUGUAUUGUGUUUGAAAGAUUUAAUUUGGAAAGUAUAUUCUUAUUAUAGACCAGUUCUAAAAUUAAGCUUGCAGAAGCAUAGUGCACUCUUAACAAAAAUAUCAGGGAAAAAAAAUCAGUUUGAGUGAAUAUCUAGCAGAGGAGUUUCUACAGUAAAUGGAUUGUAUUUCAGACAGAAGUGACUGAUAUACUGGUUUGAAAGCUUGCUGUAAAUGAAAGUUGUGUAAAUGGGUUAGAACCUGGAAACCGGUAAGGCAAAGAGAAAAAGAGUCAGACUGUGUACUUGCAGUAUUUCUGGAGCAUGAUAGGGUUUGGGUUUUUUUUUUUUUUCCCCUUCUUGAUUUAACAAGUUGAAAUUCUGCUGAAUAAUUCAUGAAGAGUGGAAGGGCUGAAUCUUCCUGGAAUGAUAUACAGUGUACGUACUGUGGCACAGGAGAAACUGCAAAGCUUUGUAUCAGUUGCUGCCGCUUCUGCUGCUGAUUGCAAGGUGCUGCUGCUUUUGGCAUUUUCACAGCUACAGAAUCUUCAGUCGUGCUCUGGUCUGCUAACAGCCAUCUGCUCCCUAUGGACCCACCUUUGCUAGCUACAGUCUGUGGGAAUCUCUUGCUGCCUACCUGCCUUGGACACGGGAUCAUCACUGCAAACUACGUUUUCUGGACCUUGCAGCUCAUAUGACUGAAACCUGCCUUAGAGUCCCUCAGCUGCACAUCCUCCCUUGUGCUUGGUGGGGGACUCCUGCAGCAGGAUCUUCUGACUUGGACAAGGAUGGGAUUUACAGGGAGAAGUCAAAACUGAGCCGCAUUCAGCGAGAUGCCCAACGCCUCUUCCUGGAGUGCUAGCUCGCCCCUGCUGCUGCUCUGGGAGGACUCCUCUGGGACCCGCAUCUUCCUGUCACUGCUCUAUGCGGUCUUGGCUAUCUCAGGGACUUUAUCCAAUGUGAUGGUCAUCUAUUUAGUCUUCUCCUUCAAGAAGCUGCAGACCACCAGCAAUGCCUUCAUUGUGAACGGCUGUGCGGCAGACCUCAGCGUGUGCGCCCUGUGGAUGCCCCAGGAGGCUGUGCUGGGGCUGCUGCCCCCCAACUCCUCCUCCCUGCGCUCGGUGGAGUACCGGCUGCUCCGCGGGGGGCUCCUCGGCCUCGGCCUCACCGUCUCCCUGGCCUCUCACCUGCUGGUGGCCUUCAACAGGUAUGUGCUCAUCACCAAGCUGCCCAGCGUGUACCAGGCCCUUUACCAGCGGAGGCACACGGGCUGCAUGAUCGGGCUGUCCUGGGCCCUGGCCCUGCUACUGGUCCCGCUGCUGCCCGGGCUCUGGGCCCCGGGCUCUGCCCAGCAGCCGCCCCCGCAGCAGACGGACAGCAGCUCCCGCUACACCGCCCUGCUCGUCGCCCUGGCCGUGCUGGGCCAGACCGCGCUGCUGCUCCACUGCUACCUCGGCAUCGUGCGGAGGGUGCGGGGCAGCGCCAAGCGGGUCAGCGUCCUCAACUUCCACCUCCUGCACCAGCUGCCCUUCCCCGCCGCCCCGCCGCCGCCCCGCCGCGCCCAGCGCCGCCUCAGCAGCGUCUCCGUCCUGCUGCUCUGCUGCGUCUUCCUGCUGGGCACCCAGCCGCUGGUCUGGGUCAGCCUCCUGGGCUUCUUCCUGCGGCCGGCGCCGCCGGCGCUGCAGGCCGCCAGCUGGCUGCUGCUCUGCUCCCUCUCGGCCCUCAACCCCCUGCUCUACACGUGGCGCAGCGAGGAGUUCCGCCGGGCCGCCCGCUCCGUCCUGCCCCGCGGCGAGGGCCCCGCCGCCGCCCCGCGCCCCGCCGCCGCCGCCGCCGGCCCCGCCGCCGCCCCGCCCUGCCCGCAGCUGCCGCGGCGGCGGGGGACGGUGGGCAGCGCCGCGGCCGCGCCGCGCUGAGGGGCCGCGCGGGAAUGCGAGGGCCCCGGCAGCCCCCGGGCCGCCCCCCGCCCCGGCCCCGCGCGGGGCGGGAACCGCCGCGGCCCCUCAGGCCGCUCCCGCCGGCGGUCACCUCACGUCGGGGGCCGCUCGCCGCACCCCUUGCUGCUGCCGGCCCGGGCCGCCGCCCGUGGCGCCCGCCUCAGCCCACGCACCUCUCCGCUCCCUCUUCCACCGCGCGGACA